AUGUUUACAACACUGAUAGCUCAAUAUUUCCAGAUCCGCAUUCUUUUAAGCCUGAUCGCUGGCUUGGUGAUGACUUCAAGUACCUGGAUCGCCAUUUGGUAUCCUUUUCCAGGGGCUCCAGGGGCUGUAUCGGAAUCAAGUAGGUCACAACAUCUAUGCCUAUAUGAAUCUUCUGAUUUUCUCAAUGUACCAUAUGCUGGAACUUACACAAACGGUCAAUCUCUAGCCUCGCGUAUUCCGAGCUUCGCAUAUAUGUUUCGCUGUCUCGACAUGCAGCUAUACGAGACUACAACUGAUGAUAUGAAAUGGGGAGACUACUUUGCACCAAUGACAAGAAAGAAUUUGGAAGUGAAAGUUCUCUCAAGUACGCAUUUAUCUUUUGAUAAAGCGAUAACUUAG